AUGAUGCCAAAUUAUGGUACCAAUGAAAAAGUGCAUGAAUUAGUUCAAAAUAAAAUUUCAUCCAUUACUUCAAGAGCAACAGGGACAUCUAGCAUUGAAAUAAAUCAACUUGGCGGUGAAUUCAUAAAUGGACGUCCACUUCCGCUUCGAUUACGUUACAAAAUUAUUGAAUUAACAAAAGAUGGAUAUCGACCGUGUGACAUUUCACGACAAUUAAAAAUUUCACAUGGUUGUAUUAGUAAAAUUUUAUCACGUUAUGCAGAAUAUGGUACAGUAAUGCCAGGUACCGUAGGUGGUAGUAAACCACGUGUUACAACACCUGCGGUAGUUGAAUACAUAAAUUUUUUAAAACUUCGUCAACCGCGAAUCUUUGCCUGGGAAAUUCGAGAACAACUAUUACGCAAUAAAAUAUGCCACAAGAAUAAUUUGCCAUCUGUGAGUUCUAUUUCUAGAAUUCUCCGAAAUAAACACAGCACUACAAGGAAUGACUCAUGUUAUUCAGCAACUUCAUCAAAAGCAUUAACAACGAAUGAUGGCAUAUCAACAAAUCAUUUCUUUUCAUACUCACAAAUGUUAUCAGAAGGAGUAACAAAUGAAUGUAAUUGGUUGUACAACAACAAUGAUAAUAAUAAUGAAUCAUCUCAAAUAAUUCAGCAUACAUUUGAUCCUGAUUUAAUGUAUGCCGAUUGUACGAUGAAUUGCGACAAUAUACCAAUUAAAAGAUCAUAUUGUAAUAUUCCAUCAUACAGAAAUCAUUUUCCAACUGAUAGUAUUAAUAAUAUUAAUAGGAUAUGGUAA